AAGAAGCUGGAUCGUCAAAACAUAAACAGAGCAGAAGACAACCUUGUGUGAACGCAGCUAGCUCGUAUUGUUGUUUGACUUUUUUUCUUUUUUAGCAAGAGGCAGCUAAAUGCAGGCCCUCCUAAUGUCGUGUAUUUGCCGUCAGAGAACUCCUACUCAGGGCACUUAGCUCGUUUGCCAAGUAGCGAGGUGGAGAAAACAAAUCUGCAAUAAAGAUUAGGACUAAACUAAGAAGUGCGCCUCGUCGGGCCUACGAGUAGAGUUUCUACCUCAAAACGACGCAGGAGACAGAAUGGCUGAAGCUGACGGAAAAUCCCCUGUGCUUAAUGGUGGUUCAGAAGAAAAACAGCCCGGAGAAGAGCAGCACAAGGACAGGGACGCCUCUGGAAGUAAAGACAGUCAGACACAAUCUUCUUCUGAAGACGCUCCCAAAGAAACAGUAGAAGCGUCUGGAGUCAAAGGCAUACCAGAGGCAGAAGGAGAGACAGCUGCAAGCAGAGAAGGCGAGGAGGAGGAGGAAGACACGGACAGCAUGGACGGUAGUGGACUGUUUUCUUUCACGGAGGACGGAGAGAGGGAGAGUGAGGGUGGGAGACUAGAGAGGGGCAAAGAGAAGGAUCGAGGAAAACGGGCCCCUAGAAAGAGAAUCCGACCUGGAGGGGGCACUAAUCACUCCUCCAGCUCAGACGACGACGACGACGAUGAUGAGCCAAAGGAGGAGGAGGAGGAUGAUGACGACGAUGAUGACGAUGAGGCCAUGGAGACAUGGCUGGGCGCCGAGCUCCAUGACCUCUGUGGGCCGACGUGGCAGGCGGUGCCCUCUCUUCGCUCCAGAGAGAUCGGCAGGAACUCACACCAGUUUGUUCGGCGUGUGUGUGGAGCCCGCGGCCUCGUGCAGAGGCUGGAGCUCCAGGGACGCUUGGAGCGCCACACUGGCUGCGUCAACACGUUGCACUUCAACCCCUCUGGGACGCGUCUGGCGUCAGGCAGCGACGACCUGCGGGUGGUGAUCUGGGACUGGGCCAUCCGCCGGGCAGAACUGGAGUUUGACAGCGGGCAUAAGAGUAAUGUGUUUCAGGCAAAGUUCCUGCCUCACAGCGGAGACUCCACCUUGGCGAUGUGUGCUCGUGACGGUCAGAUCAGAGUCGCUGAGCUCUCGGCCACGCAGCGCUGCAAGAACACAAAGCGGGUAGCACAGCAUAAAGGAGCAGCACACAAGCUGGCCCUGGAGCCGGACUCGCCUUGUUCGUUUCUGUCAGCUGGAGAGGACGCCGUGGUGUUUGGUAUCGACCUGCGCCUGGAUCGUCCUGCCAAUAAACUGGUGGUUGUAAAGGAGGGCGAUAAAAAAGUGGGACUGUAUACCAUCUUUGUCAAUCCUGCAAAGACACACCAGUUUGCAGUUGGUGGGAGGGAUCAGUAUAUAAGAAUUUAUGAUCAGAGGAAGAUUGAUGAAAAUGACAACAACGGCGUUCUGAAAAAGUUUUGUCCUUCACAUCUGGUCUCCAGCGAGUCUAAAACCAACAUAACCUGUCUUGUGUACAGUCAUGAUGGCACAGAACUCCUGGCAAGUUACAACGAUGAAGACAUCUACCUAUUUGACUCCAACCACAGUGACGGGGCAGACUAUCGCAGGAGAUACAAGGGGCACCGUAAUAAUGCCACAGUGAAGGGUGUGAACUUCUACGGUCCCUGCAGUGAGUUUGUGGUCAGCGGCAGUGACUGUGGUCAUAUUUACCUGUGGGACAAAAACUCUGCUCGCAUCGUGCAGUUCAUGGAGGGAGACAGAGGAGGAGUGGUGAAUUGUCUGGAGCCGCACCCUCACCUGCCAGGAAUGGCGACCAGUGGGUUGGACCAUGAUAUCAAACUGUGGGCACCCACUGCUGAAAACCCCACUGGACUCAAGGGUCUGAAAGAGGUGAUGAAGAAAAACAAGAGGGAGCGCGAUGAAGACAGCGUGCGUCAUGGCGACCAGUAUGACACCCAGCUGCUGUGGUUCCUGAUGAGACACAUGAGAAACAGACGACCUCCAAGGGCUCGCCGUGAGGGAGCAGACGCAGACACCGACGAGUCCUGGAGCUCUCCUGACUCCUCUGACGAAGAGGACGGCGGUCCGGACCACGUCCAGUGCAUGUCGUCCUGAGCCCCGGACAAACAGACGUACACCCACAUACAUAAACUGAUACUCACAAUUUAUUGCCCUUGAAUCGAUGCACAUAGGCAAGCACUAUCGACACACUGGCACGAGCCACAGACGCAUACAAACGCAACCAAGCAGACACAUUUACCUUAACGUACUAUACUGUUGAAGCAGAGCGACGACGAUGUGUGCACACGCCGACUGUAGAUUGCAACACUUCCACAAUCCUGUUUCUUUAGUGGGAAUUUGUGCACAGAGGCUUAGUGAGCGCUUAGGACCUUCUGAACCACUCGGAGGCCCCCCUGUUUCUCUACGUGCCGGUGACUCGGAAAGUUGUAUGUGGCGAAAGGCGGGCGAUGUGCAGUGAGCUUUACGUCACCAGCAGACCCAUAACCUCAAUCUGGGUUAAACGACUCCUGCUCUCGAGAAAGAGUUCAGCAGAAAGGAAAGGAAAGGAUGCAGGCAUACACCUUCAACUAUCCCCUAAAUGUGAUUCCCUUUAAGAUUUAGACUGCGUAGGGGCGAGCUCCGCUUUAACCCCGGUCUCAUAAUUGCUUGUUUGUUUUUAAUUUGGAGCAGCUUGAGGCGGUAGUUUUCUUUUUUACAUAAUUAUCUUUGUGCUUUCCUGUUCUUUUCGUCACUGCUGGUUGCACUUUGAAUCAGGGACGAAUUAGUGAGCUUGAUGAUGGGGGAGGAGCUAUCAUCUUGAAUUUGUCAUAGGAAACGCAGCAGCGGAGUUUAAUUUUUUCUUUGUCCCUUUUGAGAUGGGAUAUUUUGCACUUGCGUGAUUCUUGACCGAGAAGAGGUCGUUUCCUUCGUUUUCUUCUUCCUCCCUCUCUCUCCAAAUUGAAACUCAUCUAUGACAGGAAAGCUUCAACUCACCUCUUGAUAAAUACGACAAAUCGGAGGUGAAUUUAACCUCUCAGGGGGAUUAUGUGAUUGCAUUUUCCCUUUUUUUUUUUUUUUUUUUUUUUUUUUAAACGCCAGACCCAACCUGGAUCGGUCAAAAUGUAAACACUGCCUAUGAGUGAAGAAAGAAGGGAAUAAUCUAGGUUGCAGUUAUUUCAGUGGUUCAUUCACACCUUAUCCUUUCUUGCCGUGACUGUAAAGAACAGGUUUUGAGUUGAAGCAGUUGAAUCCCUCAAGCUUUUGGCAAGAAAGUCUAAACUGAAGUCUUGAAAAGAAGACUUGACCCAGGUUGGAGGGCUUUUGGUUUUGCAUUCAGCACAUAAGUCCUGUCUGCGCUGUCAACACUGGCUGAAAGAUGAGGACGGAGGGAGCGGCUGGGUCAGUCUGCUUACCAGUCAGUUGCUGUGUGAGAGCGAUAAAGUCGAGCUUUUCUCAUUUUCUAUGAGAACCGUAGUUAGUUGAAUUUAUAUGUACAUAUAUAUAAAUAUAUAUUAGAACUGUAAAAUACAAAAAAGAAAAAAAGGAAACAAAAAACUUCAGCAAAUGCUGUUUGACUUCAGAAAAAAGGAGACAAAAAAAAGUCAAAACAUUUGAUUGGUAUUGAUGCAGAGAUUUAUAUUCUAUACUGUAUGAGGAAAAAAUACUUUUAAAAUCCACGGGAGAAAACGUUGAUGUGUUCAUUUUUCUUUCCCCGUUUCUUGACCGCUGUCAUUACAAGUAUUACAACUUUGAUUCUUCUUGUUCAGAUAAUUGUUCCAUAACUUUGAAAAGUUCUAUCCAGAUUUUCCCAUGUGCUAUUUUUUUGACAUCUUGCAUACAUAUAAAAGAAAAGGCUUUGAUUAAACUAUUUUUCCCACCACUGCCUCAUAUUGCAUUCUACUGGUUUAUUUGGAAAUAUGUACAAUUUGUGCAAUAAAGAAAAAGAUGAUGCUCUUGA